AUGGAACCCAACGACAGCAACAAGCCGAAGGGGCGGCUCUACAACGACAGCGAUGACGAGGAGGGCUUUUUUGAAACCGAAGAAGAAUGGCUGGAGCAGCUGCGUAAAGCGAACGAACCGCAGGGCGAAAAUGCUGGUAUGGAAGACAUUGCGCAGCCGCCGCGCCCUCGCAAGCGGGCGCGAAUCCGCAGCCCGGAUGUGGAGAGCGAAGAAGAUGUGGAGGCGGAGAGCGCGCUGCCAGGACCCUCCGUAGCAAGGUACAACAUUCCAUCUCGAGUCCCAGGUAUGCGACAACGUUUCGAUAUUGAAGGACGCGAUUUCUUCGCGAUUCCAGAGUCCACCCUGCCCUCUGUCGACGGGCACAAGCGUUGGGAAGGCAGAGCAGCAUCGCGGCCAGCGACCAUGGCCGACUUGGAGGCGAUUCGCACUGAGAUUGCCAACAACAGCGAGCUGGUGCGACGCACACUUGCACAGAACCAGGGGCUUCAAGAGGACGUUGCCGCGUUGACUGCCAGAGUCCUAGAGCUAGAGCAAGUCAACCAUACACUGAUGACGGCGCCGACGCUUCUCUCGCCUUUCAUGUUCGAUGCGACGGCGGACUUCAACGAACCGCCCCCCUCCACCCCCCAUUUUAUGACAAAUUUCGACGUGACUCUGCCCGCUCCCACCCCGUCUUUUCAUAGUCCGCCCCCACCUCCGAAAUCCGCGGCCACGACGCCUCCUGUAUCAUUGUCUGCCGCCUCGCCACCCGUGCCCCCUCACACUACGAUCCCCGCACCUCUGUUCGCUCUGCCCAGUGCAUCGGCAGGCCCUAUUAUACCCGCACAUGGUAGCGAAGAUCGGGCACGACCAACUUCUCCCUCACCAUCGCCGCUGAUUCCGAGGUUGUUGAUGGUGGUUCCUCGACUGCCAUCAUACGCAUCGUCUUCGUCGGACGAGAAAGCGGAGGAACACGCCUCCAGGUUCGUCAUCGGAGAGCUUUGA